UUGCAAAUGGCAAUUGAAUUGCGCAGGUUGUUCCAUAAAAUUAAAUCGGCAAUCACUUUGAUUUGAACUGAAAAGUUGAAAACACUAUUAAUUUGUGGAAGUUGAAACUGCGUAUUUCACAAUCAGACUCUAGUGAGUACUUUAAAAAGUAAUUUGUGGGAGUGUUUUCUUCAGUAUUAACUUUUGAUGUUGUGAUAAGAAGAUCAACAUUCGCGGACACGAGUGAGUGGUUAUGGAAUUUUUUUAGUUCCCCAAUUAAAGUACAUUGUGAAGUACAGAAGAAUACACGAAUGGUCCUUUUAUUGACAGUUUCAAGAGAGCUUAGUAAAGUAUGGAGUGGAUUCUUCGAAGUCCUCAAAUCCUUAACACCUUUGGUAGCCUGGGUUAUGCUCUACCAGAAGGAUAUCACAUAAAUGAAAAUUGUAACUCUGCUUUGGAGUCCAUACUUGAAAAUCUUUUAACGGAAAACAAACUUUUGCGCACAUAUCGAAGGAAUCUCAGCAUUGGACAAAAUAUUAAAAAAGACCUUAUACCACUGUUGCUUAACACCAAAGAUGACAAUACAAUGGAACUGCUGAUUAAAAUUUUCGUCAACUUGACAAUUCCGGUCGAAUGCUUACUACCGCUGGAUUCGGUAUCGAAAACCGAUAUAGGAAGACAUACAAUAUAUGAAAUAAAUAAUUUGCUCUCUUCGAUUAAAAUAGCAGUCACCGAUCACCGUGUUACAAAAGUCGUUAUUGAUUUUUUAAAAAAGAACUCUGAUACCGAACCAAAGACAAAGCUGUCUAUAGAACAGUGUACAAACAUAAGCAAUACCCUUCUAUUUCUGCGUAAUAUACUACACAUACCGGAGAAUGUCGAUUACAACAGUCCCACGUACAGCGGUCCACCUCAUACGGUUCAGAAUCAGCUAGUGUGGAAUUUAUUCAGUAACAGUAUUGACAAAGUUCUGAUAAAAUUGAUGACAAUUCCUGAUGCGAUAAAUUGGGGUGUAACAAUGGUACAAUUGAUUGCACUCUUUUAUAAAGAUCAACAUGUGACGACUUUGCAUAAACUGCUAAACUUGUGGCUCGAAGCGUCACUCUCCGAAAGCUCUGAAGAUAACGAAAGUAACACAUCGCCACCAAAUAGAGGCAGUGAUGACUCCUCUCCUAUGCUAACAUCCGAUCCGACAUCGGAUUCGUCAGACACGGGGGCCAGCGGGAAGUGCAACGGAGAGCCCAACUCAGUUAAUAACGGCUGGGGCAACUCUACGAACUGUGAAAGUGAAAAACAAAACUUUCAGCCGAAUAACGCUGAUAGUGUUCCUUGUAUUUCUGAAGGCAAGAAUCCAAGAAACUUCGAUCAUAAUAGCGGAGUACCUUGUAAUAAUCAAAAGAGUCGCUCUAAAGAAGCCACAAAUAUUGCCGAUGGUACACAAAAUACCGAAAAGAAAAUAAUUAUAUCGGAAACCUCUGACUGCGGCUACGGUACGCAAAUUGAAAACCAAGAAUCGAUAUCAACUUCUAGCAAUGAGGACGACAUACCAGAGAAGAAACCAGUUCAUCAAAAACCGCACACAACCAAGCCCAGAAUAAAUAACAAGGUGCGAGCAAUUAGUGUGACUCUUCAAGAACGUAAAAGGAAGAAAAUCGUGAAGAGGGGUAAAUCUAACAUUAUAAACGUACAAGGCUUGUCACACAGCACCCCAACUAACGACGAUAUAUCGAAUGUGUUGAAAGAGUUCACUGUUGAUUUCCUCCUGAAGGGUUAUAACUCGUUGGUUCGGACGCUGCACUCUCAAAUAUUGACGAAUGUACAGCUAGAAAUCGAUACGUCUCAUUUUUUUUGGCUGGUGACGUAUUUUUUGAAGUUUGCCACACAGAUCGAAUUGGACCUAGAACAUGUCUGCUGGGUAUUGUCAUACGAGAUCAUAUCGUAUCUAACCGCCGAAGGAGUGAACUUGUGUGAGCAAUUUGAACUAGCCAUUAAGUUGGAUGGAAACGACUUAAAGCCAAGUAUAAGGAGACUUCAUUUGGUUGUAACAGCCAUCCGGGAAUUCGUUCAAGCGAUUGAAGUGUACAAAAAAUCAGCGCAUAUUUGCAAUAACGAUAAACAGCAACUCGAUAAAUUGCAAGUUAAAAUGUGCGAAUCAGACGAAUUGCGCUCGCUUUUAGUGUUGCUUUUGAGGUACUAUAACCCAAAGUAUCAUUCUAAGCAGUAUCUGCAGGAUCUGGUCGUGACAAAUCACAUUCUACUGAUGUUUAUGGACAGUAUCAUGAAGUUGCCCGAUUACAAGGGCACCGGCACUAUGGCUGAUCACAUACGACAAUUUUGUGCCCCAGAGAUAAUGUAUCAGUACGGUCUACUGUUGGAGGACUAUGAGGGAAACGGUGAGUUCGUUAACGACUGUAUAUUCACGCUGAUGCAUCACGUGGGCGGUGACAUGGGCAGCCUGAUUUCGUUGUUCCAGCCGAAAAUACUGAAAACAUUUACAUUAAUUUGUAAGACGGAAUUUGAAAUGUGUGACGAUUGGACCGAUUUAAUUGAUUAUGUAAUAAAUACAUUUGUGAAAAAACCUUGUAAACCACAAAGUUCAUUACAACUUCCUAUUGAAAUGGACAUUUUUGAUGAGAAAGCAAGGCUGAGGGAGAUGAUAGUAUCACCAAACCAUACGGAAGUAUUCUUACCGGAAAAAUUGAUACUGGACGAAGAAAAGUCUGCCGAACCCAAUAAUACUAUCGCCUGGAGUGAAGACGAACUAGCGACACUGAGUUGGAACUAUAUGCAGUGUAAUGAUUUGCCCGACGUGGUCGGUGAAAUUGUGAAGAUGUUCAAAGACGACGGGAUCGUAAAAGACCGCGAGUCCGUUAUCAAAGAGUUGUACAAUCAAUUCAUAAUAAACAAAGAUCAGUUCGACACGCUUUCGAAAAAAGAGUCUACUAAGACUAUGCAAGACAUCAAAGAAACCCGCGAGAACGAAAUCGGCAAACUGUGUGAGCAACUCAUACAGGACGGGAAGUCUCGAUCCUUAGAUUGGGUUCAAACGGUUCUUUUGGAAGCGUGUGCCGCCAAAGUGUAUUUAGACAAGAUGACCGCGAAAACUAAUCAUCCAAGUUUUUUGAACGACGCACACCCGUUUGCGUAUUUUUUGAAAAAGCCCAAAGAUUUGCCAGUUUUGUCGUCGGUAUCCUACCAUUCAUUGAUUCUGAACCGCUCUAUACCACUGGUUCCAUGGAAUUGCCAGCAAGCCGCCAUUUGCAAAGAUUUGAAGUUUUUGCAACUUUUACACAGACUAGGACUUCACAUGCCGGUGGACACUGGAAAAGUUUUUAUAAGAAUACCUCAUUUUUGGACACCGGAUUUCCUAUAUGAAGUUGCUGCCAAAAUUUCGCCCGUAGAUACUUCAACAUUGAAAUUUUCCCUAAACGACAUAUCACAAAGCAGCAUACUGAACAAUUCGUCUCAAACAAGCAGUUUCAUCUUGCCGGAACUCUCGAAAGGCAAUGCACUGUCGCCGACGCCUGACAACUUCUACCAAAUUAACAAAAAGCAAAAUCUCUUUGCAUCGAUUAUGAAUUUCACACCCACGCCGGGUUCGUCUUUUUCCACCACAGAUGAAAAUUUGAGCAAUCCAAACUGGUUGGAAGUUGUACAAAAGUCACAAGAAUACAAAAUCUCUUUAGAUUUAGGAAAGUCAAUAAUCGCGGAGGACGAAGACGAGGUCAUGCAAGUUGCGGACGAGGAAUUGCACGUGUCUCUGGAGGCGAAACCGCGGCCGCUCGUGACUCCGGCGGGCCCCGUGACUCUCAUGAUGUCCACAAUCAUGAGCGUUAAGCAGGAGACCACCAACUUUACCAUCGGACAAGCUGAAUCGGACUAUUGCAAUAACAGCGUGUGCGACACGGCGUCCGUGGCGUCCGACCUCACGCGCAUGUACGUGUCCGACGAGGACGACAAGCCGGAGCCGCUGCUGCUGGCCGAGCGCUCGCUGAAGGCGGCGCGACACGAGCUCGCCGACAUGGCGGACUCCGGCGCCAGCAAACGGCCGCGCGUCGACUUCUCACCGCCAUUCUAAGCCCCACUGUGGCCAACGAUGUUUUAUACCAGAGAUAUGUCUAGCGCGUCAAAACUGAGGCGGACAAAUGUUUGUCUUAAUGUCAUUUAGUCGCUUAUUAAACAACGAAAGUUAUUUAAACUUAGGGAUGAUGACAGUUUUUUAAAUUGUAUAUAAAUUAGGAGUAUGCUAAUAGUCAAGCAAUUUUGUAAAAGUAACAGGGUAUCUGCGAUCAUUACUUUCGGAGCUUCAGGGAUUUAAAGGGUCAGAUUUGCGGCGCUGCCGCGGUUCCCUGGAAAACGCUUUAUACAAAAUGGUCCGAUUUAAUGUCGUCGUUGGUCCAUGAUCGUUAGAUUUGAAUGGGCGUGGUUAUUAAUAUCUUUGUUAUUUGUGCGUUAAUGUUUAUAGUUAAUAUAUAGAAAAAUGUUACAUUUAAUGUAAGGAAGCUAAAACUGUAUGAAUUUUCAUUUAAUUACGAUAAAAUAUUUUUAAUAGAUUUUGAAAUUUUAUAAUCUUAUUUAUUUUGCAAAUAUCCAGUCAAUCUUUGUUUUUUAUGUAUAAAUCAGUUAAUAUUGACCUUAUUUACCCGAAUGUAUCAUAAAAUCAAUAUAUUCAAACCUAGUUAUCAUCCCUAUUGCGUGCUUAGGAACUUAAAAAAACUGUACAUACAUAAAUUUAAAAUGGAAUUAAACACAAAAUUGUGCAUGUGUACGCUCAGUGGAAUAGCUAAAUUCGGCUUACAUUUUGCGGUGAUUUUGCAAGUAACAUAUCUAUAGUAUAAAAUAUCGUUGACUGUGGGCCUAUGAUGUUUAAGUAACGUGAAAUUCAGUGGCGGCAAUCGAAUGAGUUCGUCGGCGACGUCGACUUUGCGAGGCCUGUUUCAUUUAUUUAGAGAUUAAAUUGAAUUACUCGUAGCUGAUUUAAUCAUCAGUAAUGCAUAGGAAUAUGUGAAUAUGCUAAUCAAAUAAUAACAAAUAUGGUCCUAGGUUCGAUUUCUAGGUCGGGCUAUGGAGUUUUCUUUCUUCUAUGAAAUUUUCUGGUAAAUUCUCAGUCCAAAGUUGGGAAGUUAGCGUUACACCCCGUGCCUCGGAGAGCACGCCGAUCAUUAUCACCUGAUAGUGCCCGUUAAUAUUACAUUAUCUUAACUGUUAUCAGUAUUGAGCAGCUUGGUGGGUCAAAGCUCCAUAUUUCCUCUUCUAUAAGGAGGGAGGCCUGGCCCUGUAGUGGACUGUUAAAAAUAGUUUGAUAAUGAUAAAAUAAUGACAAACAGAAACUAAAAUUGACGAUCGGUUUAAAACUCACGAAAUUGUUUGAAUUCCAAUUGAUUGAAUUAAAUUUUGAAUACUUUUAAAAACAUUUUUUGAGGCUACUUUAGGAGGCCUUCACCGGUCGCUGACAUCGCCGUCUCCUCCACUGCCACUGAUGAAACAAAGGGAAAAGGGUUGAAGUUUUAAGUAAAUUAGGUACAUUUGUAAUAUUAAAUCUAAGUUCUUAGGACAGACAACCGGUUGAUCCGUUGCGUAAAACGCUGAAAACGUUGAUUUUAUUAAAUAUCCUGUAUAGUUCGACAUAAAAGAGUAGAAAUUAAUAAAAAUGGAACUAAAAUAUUCGCUGUGUGGCGAACACCACAUUUACAGCUGUCAUCACAAAGAUCUGUCAUAGAGCAACCAAUCAUUAAUGAUAGUUUUAUCAGAUUAUUAAAAUCAUAGUGGAAAUUCGGGUAAUUAUAAGACGAAUUACAAUAAAUAUAAUUUAUUUAGAUGAGAUUGACUUGAAUUUAUUGAAAUGUAAUAAAUAUAAACCAUGAAAUUACCUAUCUUAGUAUUCAUAACACAACCAUACUUCUGGACUAGAUAGUAAGUAUUUUCCAAAUGCAUAUAUUUAUAAAUUUAUUUUUAUUUGAUAAUAAUGUUAUUUAGAAAUGUUCAUCUUAUUUUAAAUUAGAACAUAAUAUUACCUAUGUAUAGAACAAAAUAUCAAUCAAUGUCAAGUAUCAAGGUAGUUGCAAUACCAAGUAGGUGACAGUACACAGGGUUACCCUAUUAAUGUCAAUAAGUGACUACAGCGCCCUUAUUUAUUUUCUACUCUUUUGUGUCGCACUAUAGGUGGGAACACCCAAGUUCCAACCGCACUGGAAAAGGAAAGUUGCUGGAUCAACAUCGAAAGACAUUUUACAAAAUGGUGGAUGGUGGUUUAAAUCUGUUCGAUGUCUGUUUCCUAAACGUACAAAAUAUUGUUUAAAUGGUUUUUAAAUUUUAUACCUAUAUUAUAAUUAUUAUUAUAAGCCUUAUUUUGUUUUAAAGAGAUUUUAUUAAUAAAUAAUCUUAAGGUAUAUAAGUUUAUUGAGGUAAAUUUACAAAAAUUAGAUCAAUAUACUAAUAAAUAACAUAUUAUUAUAUAUAUUAAACUAUAUUACACUGAUCUCAAGUGAUGCAUUGUGGUCCUUUGAGAAGUCUGUUAUUCAACAACAGGUCAAAGAAGUUCGAAGAUUUUUGUAUGGGCCUGGCCUAAGACCAUCCGUCUGGUUUAAUUUUUUUCGAAAAUGCUGUCACAUGUUGAAACUUUUAUAAAUCGAUAGAGAUAGGUACCCACUUGAUAAAAAAAUUGAGUAUCUUAAUCUUUACUUCUAUAUUAGACGAUAUACUUCAUAUACUUAAUAUUAUAAAGAGGUAAAGUUUGUAGUAUUGUAAGCGGUAAUAUCUGAAUCCACUGAAACGAUUUUGAAAAUUCUUUUACCACUAGAAAGCCACGUUAUUUGUGAGUGCCAUAAGCUAUAUUUUAUCGCUGUAUUCUCACGGGCAAGGGAUGGCUAAAACAGCGGGGCGUCGGCUAGUAUCCAACAUAUAAAAAUUAGUUAUCAAACUACUCCGAAAAAGCUGGACCGAUUUGUAUGAAAUUUCAUGUGCAUAUCGGGUAGGUCUGAGAAUCGGCCAACAUCUAUUUUUCAUGGCAAAACGUUUGCCACGUCAACUAGUAAUCUAUAUAUCCCUAAUCUUCAUCGAACCCCUUAGAGUCUAAAUCUGAACGUCCUUUUCCGUUAGAGAAAGGAUUGGCUGAAUAGUGAAUAUAAAAAUGAAUCGCCUAAACUGAUUUAGCUAAUUUUUUUUAUAAUAUUCCUUGAAGUAUGACUUGUUUUUUUAAGGGUAGGGAAGAAGCGCACCUAAGUCAAAGCGAAGCUUGACCGGGUCCGUCAGUAUAAUAGUAAUAACUAUUAUACUGACGGACCCGGAAGUAUAAUAGAAGUAUGAAGUAGAUUAUACCUACUUACAUAAUAAUAUUAUGUAAGUAGGUAUAAUCGACGAAAAAAAUAUUUUGUAUUUUUCUAUUAUUGAAAAAUAAAAUCCAGUAUGUAAUUCAAUCCUCCAAGUGGGUACCUAAAAAUUUUUAAAUGCAUUGUUUUAAUUUUAAUACAUUCCAGGAUUUUGAUAUAUGUAUACGCCACUAGACAAAUAACAAUUUCUAAAUUACCCGGUAUUUUCCUAUUCCUAAUCCUAAUGAUGCAAAGCUGCUUAGGCGUUACGAUUUAUUGAACUCUUUAUGAAUGGAGUACAAUGGUCGAGCCUUGUGAUAACGAUUGUUUGCAUUAUUGAGAUUGAAAAUAUAGUUUAUAUUUUUAUUUCUAGUAACAAGUGUUGUAUGAUAAAGUUUUUAGAAAUGUGUAAGUCUUGAUGCAAGUUACGACUCUUGUUUUUUAAAUGUUUAGUAUUUUUGGGGUGUGGCUUAAUGUAAUAAAACAAAAAAAAAUUUAGUGUUUUAGUAAAUAAAAUUAAACAAAAUGUA